AUGAAUUAUUAAUAAAAAUAAUUAGUGAAUAAGAACUUUUAGUAAUUCAAAAAAAAUUGUCAAGCUAUUUCUUACAUCUAAAAAGAAAUGAAUCUCUAAUCUCCCUAAUUUAUGGAAUCUUUAAGUUUUUGUUAUAAAAUAGAUUAUCUUAUCUUAAUUAUCGGAUUAAGGGUCUCAAAUAUUUAUUAUGAUGAAAAUCGCUCUCUAAAUUCCAUCAUAUAAAGUAAUCAGAACUUAUGACCUAAACGGUUUUGAGUAUUAAAGAAAGAUCUUGAAAUAAUAUUGAUAUUAAAAAGGAUUUGGCAAAGACUAAAUUCAAAGAUAUUGAUUUUAAAGGGAGGAAGGCUAAUUAUUCAUUCCUGAAAAUAUUAAAGAUUAAUUACAAUAUAGUUUAAUUAAAGAUACAAAAUAAUUUUCAGAAUUCAAUCUAAUUGAUUAUCCGGUACUUAUAAUUAAAAUUAAUUGGUCAACUCUCUUAUAAAUAACCUUUAAAUGGAUAUAAAUUAAUUAGUAUUAGAUUUCAAAGUUAUUUAAUUCAUAAUUAAGUUGUAUACCUUCCUUAAAGGAAAAGAAGUAUUUUUACCAUAUUUAAAUAAUUGAUUAUCUUUAAGAAUGGAAUGCUGAAAAAAGUUUGA